AUGCUUCUAAAUUCACUCACUUGGCUUUUAUAAUCUCUGUCUCAAAUUUCGGGCUCCGUGCCCCGACCCGAAAAGCGAAGAAAACCCAACUUUCAUUUGCCCCCUAUUGAUCGUCGGCCUUGCAUUUUCCAUCACUUUCCUGGGAAAAAAGAGAAGCAGUUUGAGAAGAAAAUGAACUCUGGUGUUCGGUCGUUACCGUUGGAUGGAAGUGUGGGAGAUUAUCAAGGGUCGUUUGAUGCCACCAACUUGCCCGGCGAUGCUUGUUUGGUCCUAACAAAGGAUCCGAAGCCCCGACUCCGAUGGACGGCUGAGCUCCAUGAACGCUUCGUCGAUGCCGUUGUUCAACUCGGUGGCCCUGACAAAGCAACUCCGAAGACUAUCAUGAGAACAAUGGGAGUAAAAGCCCUUACCCUCUAUCACGUGAAAUCACAUCUUCAGAAAUACCGGCUGGGGAAGCAAUCUUGCAAGGAAUCAACCGAUAAUUCUAAGGAUGAAAGUCAGGACACCAGUUCAUCGACAAUAUUGUCGAAAAUGAUAGCUCAAGAGUUGAAUGAUGGUUACCAGAUUACGGAAGCUCUUAGAGUACAAAUGGAAGUGCAACGAAGACUACAUGAACAGUUAGAGGUACAACGUCGUCUUCAACUUCGGAUUGAAGCUCAAAGAAAAUAUCUACAGUCAGUACUCGAGAAAGCCUGUAAAUCUCUGAACGAUCAGGCUGCUGCUUCCGCCAGUCUUGAAGCUGCCAGAGAAGAGCUCUCUGAACUGGCGAUCAAGGUUUCCAACGAUUAUCAAGGGAUGGUCCCUCCCGAUAACAUAAAAUUGCCUUCCUUACCCGAACUGGCUGCGGUUUUAGAGAACAAAGCUACUACUUCCAAUACGCCGGCCCGACUCGGCGACUGCUCCGUCGAAAGCUGCUUGAAGAAGAGGCAAAGACCCUUGUUUGGUAAUGGUGACCCUUUGCCUUUGGAUGGCAAAUUAAGGGCAGAAAUAGAGUGGGUGAUGCCUAAUAUUAGUUAAAUUUGAAGGACAUUUCCAUCUUAGAAAUGCUACCUUUUCUCUUUUA